UAAGAAUUCAAGAUUCUUUUGGAUGGAUGGUCUAAAAACUAUCUUAUGAUUUUCAUAUUGGUGUCGAUUUUUAUCAAUGUUCUGUGUAUUAAGCAUUGGUCACUUGUUGAAAGAGGGACCGAAUAAUUAUUUAGCGCCUAAACUGUAAAGUCACGUUGGGUUUUGCUGUUAAUUCGCCACCGAUAUUAAUUGUCUUCAUUGAACGAUUGGCAUAGGUGUUGUAUAUUCACUCUGGCAAUGUCUGUAACGUAGAUUUCCCAAAGACACAGACACGUACUUUUUUCAAUUAGAUUGAAGUUCCUCGCUGCAGCCAAUUGUCUUCACUAUUCCAGGACCUCGGGCUGCCCCGCCUACCUUCAUGAAGCCAGUUUAAAUAUUUGAAUCGGAAAGGGGCAGAUCUCCCAGAUCAUAAAUUGGGCGACCCUCGACCGCACUUACACUGUUUGUGCUUGUUUUUGUUUUUCAAUCCAGUGCAGACAAAAGACAAUUAGGAAUCCUCCGCUGGGAGAAUGAAAGCGUUUUACCAGUUGUGGUGGCUCCUGGCUUGGGGAGGUUUCCAGCAUGUUUUAUCACAAGACUACGAAGAACGAGGCGACGGAAAUUUGGUCAGAAGACAAAAAACUAAAUAUCUCUCAGUUCAUCCACCAGGCGAAAACGACCAAGAGGAGGACUGCAGCUUGGAGAUCGCGUUCCUGUUGGACAGUUCUGAGAGCGCCAAGGACUACAACCAUAACCGGGAGAAGAGCUUCGUGCUGGACUUCGUGGACCGGCUGCAGCAGCUGCGGGUGUCGAGUGGCCGCCGGUUGGUGCCCCGAGUGGCGCUGCUGCAGUACUCCAGCACCGUGCUCAUCGAGCACACGUUCCGUGACUGGGGAGGCGCGGCGGCCUUCAGGGCCCGGAUCGCGCCCAUCAGCUACAUCGGGCACGGCACCUACACCACCUACGCCAUCACCAACCUCACCCAGCUCUACCUCAACGAAGCGGUGGCGGGCAGCGUCAGGGUGGCCGUGCUCAUGACCGACGGCGCUGACCACCCCAGGAACCCCGACAUCUACGCGGCCACGGCCGAGGCCAAGAACCAGGGUAUCAAGUUCUUCACGAUGGGCAUGUCGCCUGUGGCCACCGAGCCCCCCAACGCGGCCAAGCUCCGGCUGUUGGCCAGCCCGCCCGCUUCCCGCUUCGUGCACAAUCUGCAGGACCACGGCGUCCUUGGGAAACUCCUCUUGGAAGUGGGAGAACUGGUUGAUGAAGGGUGCCCCAAAACACCAAAAUGCUUCUGUGAAAAAGGAGAAAGAGGUCCACCUGGUGCUGGUGGGAAGAAAGGACGUCCUGGUGAGGAUGGUGCUCAAGGUCCAAAAGGAAAUAAGGGCGAAGCAGGUCUCAGUGGAAUUCCCGGACGGGAUGGAGUGGAGGGUAGAGCUGGUUACAAGGGUGAACAGGGUGAAAGAGGGGAAUGUGGCCUUCCAGGAACCAAAGGUGACAGAGGUGCAGAAGGUCCACCUGGUCCCAAGGGACUGAGAGGAGCUCAGGGUUAUCCUGGACCUUCUGGAGGACAAGGGCCUGAAGGUGUUCAAGGACAAAAGGGUGAACGGGGACUUCUUGGACUGCCUGGCUUGGGUGGUGAAACUGGAAUUGGUCUUCCUGGCCCAAAGGGUGAGAUUGGCUUUCCCGGAAGAUCUGGGCCUGUUGGCCCACCAGGGAUUGGUGAACCUGGAUUGUCAGGUCCUCCAGGACCUCAAGGUCUUCAGGGAGAUCGUGGUUUACCUGGAGAAGGUUGGCCAGGAUUAAAGGGUGAUCGUGGUUAUGAAGGACCAAAGGGACCUCGUGGAGCUCCAGGCGUUGGUGCAAAGGGCGCAAAGGGUGAAAUAGGUUUUCCAGGAUUACCUGGCCCUAUUGGUCUAACUGGGGUUGGACUGCAAGGCGAAAAGGGAGUGCAAGGCCCACGAGGACCACUUGGCCCAAGAGGAUCUCCAGGUGAAGGUUUGCCAGGAUCAAAGGGUGAUCAAGGUUUGCCAGGAGAAGUUGGGGCUCCAGGAGAAAGAGGAAUUGGAAAGCCAGGACCAAAAGGUGAACCUGGCUCCACAGGAUUGGCAGGUCUCCCUGGUCUUCCGGGAGAAGAUGGCGCACCAGGACAAAAGGGAGAAGCAGGAUUGCCAGGAUCUCGAGGGGCUGAAGGAGCCCCAGGCAUAGGAAUUCAAGGAGAGAAGGGAGAUGUAGGCCAGACUGGACUGCGAGGUUUGGUUGGUCCGCCUGGAAUAACAGGGCCAUCGGGACCAAAGGGUGAACCAGGUGCUGCAGGGCGCCUAGGGAUGCCAGGCCUUCCAGGACGUGGUAUUAUGGGAUUAAAGGGUGAUCCAGGUCCCCCUGGUCUUGUUGGUCUGGUAGGAGAAACUGGAAUUGGAAUCCCUGGCCCUAAGGGUGAUCGUGGUCAUCCAGGACCAUCUGGUCCAAUUGGAUCAAAAGGAGAUGGUUUUCCAGGUCCCCCUGGUUUACCAGGCAUUCCAGGACCUCUGGGUGAUCAGGGACCUGUGGGAAUUGGAUUCCCAGGACCAAAGGGAGAUCCAGGAUUCAGAGGACCAAGUGGUGUGGCUGGACCUCCAGGAGAAGGACUUCAAGGUCAGAAGGGAAUAGCAGGGAGACUAGGACCUCCUGGGCCACAAGGUCCACCAGGAGAAGGCAUUCAAGGACCCAAGGGAGAUCAAGGUUUUCAAGGAUUGGUGGGACCUCGUGGACCACCGGGAGAAGGGCUUUUGGGACCCAAAGGUGACCGUGGCGUGACAGGUGAACGAGGUCAGAAGGGACGUAACGGAGAUUUGGGUGAUGCUGGUUCUGCUGGGGCAACUGGAAGACCUGGAGCAAAGGGUGAUCCUGGCUUAACAAGAGAGGACAUCAUCAGAAUGAUAAAGGAGAUCUGUGGCUGUGGAAUUACAUGUAAAGAAAGACCAAUGGAACUUGUCUUUGUGAUUGAUAGUUCAGAAAGUGUGGGGCCAGAUAACUUUGAAAUUAUAAAAGAUUUUGUCACUGCGUUGGUCGACAAAGUAACAGUUGGCAGGAAUGCCACUCGAAUUGGUCUUGUUCUCUACAGCUUGGAGGUACGACUAGAGUUUGGUCUAAGUCGAUAUUUGACACAGCAAGAUGUCAAGCAGGCAAUUAGGAAAAUGCUGUACAUUGGAGAAGGCACUUACACAGGAACAGCUAUCCGCAAAGCAACUCAGGAAGCAUUCUAUGGGGCUCGACCUGGCGUGAAGAAAGUUGCUAUAGUCUUAACAGAUGGGCAGGCAGACAGAAGAGACACUGUCAAAUUGGAUGUUGCUGUUCGCGAGGCUCAUGCUGCAAACAUUGAGAUGUUUGCAAUUGGCAUAGUAAAUACCACUGACCCAACCCAGGCUGAAUUCUUGCGUGAACUAAACCUAAUUGCCUCGGAUCCUGACACUGAACACAUGUACCUCAUUGAUGAUUUCAAUACUCUUCCAGCUCUGGAGUUGAAAUUGGUCAGACAGUUCUGUGAAGAUGAAAAUGGUGCAUUAAUUUACAACCAAAUUAGAAAUGGUGCAAUAACAAACAGAAACGUGUUAUAUUCAAUAGUGUCAAGUUCGACACAAACUAGGAACCAAAUUGGAGCAAGCACAACAAAACCUAGACAAACAAUUGUAUCCAGAAAGAAUAAAGUAAAUGCACCAGUGAACCCUAUUCAAUUUGGAUCUGUCUCUGUUGCAAAACCUCCCAAGAUCAAUGAGCAGGUGAAUCAACCCCCAGAAGUACCUGAUGAUGAUUAUAAUGCAGAAAAGAAUCUGAAACUUGUAACUCCUUCAUUUAGUUCAAAGGGCAGUAACGUUCUAUCAGUCAACAAAAGCUUUCCAAGUAUACGAGCACAAUCUGCUAAGGUUGCAAAAGAAUUUGCAGUGUCAACCUCCCCACCAAAAAAAAUUCCAGUUGCAGAUCCUCUCUGUCAACUCCAUUUAGACCAAGGGACUUGUCGUGAUUAUAUAAUUAAGUGGUAUUAUGACAAGCAAGCCAAUGCUUGCGCACAGUUUUGGUACGGAGGCUGCGGUGGAAAUGCUAAUCGUUUUGACACUGAAGACGAAUGCAGAAAAACCUGUGUAGUUUCUGGUAAUGCAGAAUCCUGAUGUAGCUCCAAGGAAAUUGUAUUUCAGCAAAUCACUGAGAACAGGAAGAAGACUGAAAACUACUUUUAUGCAUUCCGUAUAGUGAAAAAUGGAUUUUGAUAUUUGAGAACCACAGAAAUUCAAUUUGUAUAAAAAUGUUAAUACAGAUGAUUAUGUUUUUGUUAACUUUUUGAUAUAAACACAGUUCUCAGGGGAUAAAGACAAAAACAUAAAUUUUAUUGCAUCAAAAAAUCAAGACAAUUUAGAACAGAUAAUGGUGUUUGCAUUUCAGUUUGUAUUUUCUAUUUCAAUGUGAACAUAAAGUAGGAAAGAAAGAACAUUUCAGUUGGUCGAUCGGUGCACCUGGGAGAAUGGAGUUUUGCGCAAGAAUUAUAUUUUAAUAUGCAACUUCUUUGUUUAUGCUGAAGCUUAUGAAAUGAUAUGGAUGAUGAAGUUUAAAAUAGUAAUUCUUGUGUUAUUGCCCAGUGGGUACUGUAAUCACUGGACUCACAAGUGGAGCUAGUAGGACAAGGUGGGUUAAUCACCUAGGCAUGUCCCAAUCAAUAAUUGUCUACAAUUCCAUGUGUCUCCUAUAAAGUUAGUACUGCUUGGUCUAGAAACGUUUUAACAAACAAAUGGAGUUUUGCUUCAUUGAUGUGUUAAGCCACUGAAGACUUUUUUUACAAACACAUAACAUCCACAUUGCAGUUUUCAUUAGCAGCUUCAAAGUUUUCUCAGGUGAUGUGAUAAAAUAUGUAACAAAUAUUUAUGUUUUACAGUACUAAAUAUGUGACAAAUGAAUUUACAUUUAUUAAAAUCUCAGAGGUAUCCUGUAUUUUAUAAAGAUUUCAUUACAUAUCAUUUGUUAGAAGUCUCUAUUGAUUAAUCUAGAUUUGAUGUAGUGACUUUGCCAUCAUGUUUCCAUCAUGAUCCAGUCAAUUGCCAGGACGAAUGGUGACAAUAGACAUCCCUGCUUGAUGCCCGUCCUGACACUAAAGCUCUGAGAGUGCCGGCUUGCAUGCAUAAUUUUGCAUGAGGUUCCAUCAUACGAGUUCUUGAUUAAGUUUAUGAUCUUGGUGGUAAUUCCAUAGUGGAUUAGGCACCAUAGUGUUGUCCUAUCUAAGCUGUCAAACGCUUUCUCAAAGUCGAUGGAGUUAAUGUACAGGGACGUGUUCUAUUCAAUAGACUGCUCAAUGAUGAUGCGUAAUGUUGCUAUGUGGUCUGUGCAUGAGCGAUCCUUCCUGAAUCCUGCUUGCUGGUCUCGUAGCCUCGUGUCUACAGCUUCUUGAAGACGGUUGAGAAUUUUACUGGGUGAACCCUUAGUAGUUGUCACAUUUUCUUAGGUCACCUUUUUUAGGCAGUUUCAUGAGAUAUCCCUCUGCCCAUUCUGUGGGUCUCUUUUCCUCUUCCCAAAUUCUCCCAAAAAAGCCAUAGAGCAUGUCUGUUGUGGAGUCUAUAUCUACUUUCAGGGCUUCAUGUGGAAUAUUGUCAGUGCCAGCAGCUUUGCCAGUUUUCUGUUGCUUGAUUGCAGCCUUUAUUUCUGAUUUUGUUGGUCUGUCACACUUGUUCAAGAUGUGGACUCUUAGACAUCGGCCAGACCAAACGCAGACUGGGCGACCGUUUUGCGGAACACUUUCUCUCAGCCCACGUGAACAACCUGAUCUCCUGGUUGCUAUUCCAUUCCUUCCCAUUCCUACACAGACCUUUCUGUCCUCGUUCUCCUCCAUUGUCAAAGAGUGAGGCUAAAUGCAAAUUGGAGGAACAGCAUCUCAUAUUUCGCUUGGGCAGCUGGUAUGAGUUUUGAUCUCUCUCACUUCAGGUAGCCCUCUCCCUCUAUCCCUCCCCACCCAAGUCUC